UGUUCCCACUUCUAACUUCUUCUAUUUCAUCUCUAAACAACAAAUAAUUGCUUUCGUUCUAAAAUACGUCUGCUCAAAAACAAAGGUCCAAUUCCAUUCUAUUCUACUUCUUCCUUUUCCGGCUGAUUCCAACGCCCAGAAAUAUCACAAUCUUCCGACACCGAAAUUAUGAAGAUGAAUGUUUUCAGAUUGGCUGGGGAUAUGACCCAUUUGUCCAGUAUUUUGGUUUUACUUCUCAAAAUCCAUACUAUCAAGUCUUGUGCUGGCAUUUCUUUGAAGACUCAAGAACUUUACGCCCUGGUGUUUAUUACCCGUUAUUUGGACAUUUUUGACCGAUUUACAUCAAUAUAUAAUUUGCUAAUGAAAUUAAUAUUCCUGGCGAGUUCUCUAUCCAUUGUUUGGUACAUGCGACGUCACAAAGCCGUGCGUAGGUCAUAUGAUAAGGACCAGGACACGUUUCGCCACCAAUUUAUCGUGUUGCCUUGUCUGUUGUUGGCACUAGUUAUUAAUCAUAAACUUACAUUUAAAGAGGUAAUGUGGACGUUUUCCCUAUAUCUCGAAGCCGUUGCCAUUCUUCCUCAAUUGGUGUUGCUACAAAGGACAAGGAAUAUCGAUACUUUAACAGGACAAUACGUUUUCCUUCUUGGUGCCUACCGUGUGUUGUACUUGCUAAAUUGGGUCUAUCGCUACUUCACCGAACCUCACUUUGUCCGCUGGAUAACUUGGAUAGCUGGUCUCAUGCAAACAUUGCUGUAUGCCGAUUUCUUUUACUACUACAUCUUAAGCUGGAAGAACAACGUCAAACUUGAGUUACCAGCUUAACCUAAAGGGAUUAGUGUUGGAAUCGUGUUACACUUUGGCAGAAGCUUUCUUCUACAAAAUGGGGGCUCUCGUAAUUGAAGACUGCAGAUGAAUGUAUAGGUCAAAUUAUAGAAACAAUACGUCCGAAAUUUGUCUUUUUUAAACCACUUUUAUUCUUCAAAAAGUUGUUAUACUCUUUGAGGUAGAAAAAAGCGUUGGAAUGUUGGACAAAAGGUCGGUCAUUCGUUCAAACUUAAUCUAAGCAAGCAUCCUAGUUACUACCACAUUCUAGAUACUCGCUAUAUCGACUUUCCAUCUUAUUACAAAUGUAGUUUUGAAACAUAAAUGAAGGUCGCAGUAUUGUACACAAAACAACGAAAAUUCAAGUGCAGUUUUUAUAAUUUAGUCUUUACUAAAUAAAAGAAACUGCCAGUCGCAAGAAUUUCAGCAUUUUUUAAA